AACGCUUAGAAUGUCAAUUUGCUACCUAGCUUAUAAAUUAAUCUUUUUAGCAACCUAGCGAGUUGUCAAUGUCAUACAGUAACGUUAAUAUUGUAACGCUGAUGAAAACUGCCGAAGAGACGGUAACUUAUUUUAUUGGCGCCGCUUGAAAUGGGACACUGGUUAACUGUUGCUGGUUAGCCAGUCUGCAGUGCAGUAGCUAAGUUAGCUAACCGUUCGUUUUCACCACAACGCAGGUAAUCAACGUGUCGACCUUGGGAGUCAUGUGACAAAAAGCGCUGCCUUACCGAGAGAGAAGUCAAAAUCCAAGUCCACAUUUCCAUCCACCUGCACGGGGACAAUGGGGAAGUAUUUUGUCAAUGAGGUGGACAUCAAGAGCACAUGGGACCAAGUUUUCUCUGCAUUCUGGCAGAGAUACCCCAACCCGUUCAGUACCCAUGUUCUCACGGAGGAUGUGGUUUUCCGCGAGGUGACAACGGACCAUCGGCUCCUGACCCGCCGCCUCCUGACCAAAACGAACCGGCUGCCCCGCUGGGCCGAGAGGAUCUUCCCCGCAAACCUGGCCCGCUCCGUCUACAUUUUAGAGGACUCCAUCGUGGACCCCCAGAACAAGAGCAUGACGACCUUCACCUGGAACCUGAAUCACACCAGACUGAUGACGGUGGAGGAGCGCUGCGUGUUCCAGGAGUCCCAGGACCGGCCAGCCUGGACCCGGCUCAGCCGCGAGGCCUGGAUCGUCUCCGGAGUGUACGGAUUCUCCCGGCCCAUCCAGGAGUUUGGCCUGGCCCGCUUCAAGAGCAACCAGACGAAGGCGCUUCGGGGCCUGGAGCUGGCUCUGUCCAACAUUUCCGGUGUAGGUGCAGGAGACUCGUCGGCGAGGCCACUCAGAGGUACAGUGAAGGAGGCCUCUGAGAAAGCCAAGGAGGCAGCGCUGGAGAAGGCCAAGACCCUGGCCUCGGCCGCCUCUCCCCAGAAGCCCCAGCAGUUUGUGUGACGUGGACACGCACAAUAACGCACACACAGGCGUGUGAAAACAACCUCCCCCUCGACCCCGGCCCUCCUGGGGCCCGAGUUUUCCUCCGCUCGGUCCCCUGGUCCCGGUCGCUCUGACCUCAGACGCUCAGCGAGGAACCAGCUGACCUGCAGCUGGAUGGGACUCCCAUAACCUGUUUAUAAUCCUCUCCCUGCUGCUAACUCAGGUACUGUACCGCACAGACAGCCCUCACACUGGAGACGUCUGCGUUUACUGCCCAGCAGCUCUCCGUUUACACACCAAGUAGUCUGUAUUUACCCUGUAUGCAAUGUGAAGACAAUCAAGGACAAACAAAAAAGACUAGUAUAAAAUUAAUUUCAUUUGUUUUGCCUAGAGUCAUGAUGAUGCAGGUCUUUUUGACAUCGUCUUGCUUUCAAUUUACAUUCUUGUAUCUUGGGGUUUUGUCAGUGUUAUUUGUCAAAAAAAAUAUCUGAAAGCAUUCCUUCUAGUUGGUGAAACUGACCCGAUUUUUUACAACCUGUUGUGGAGGAAUUUUGCUGUGAGUGAACAUGUUAAAUUAUAGAAUGAGUGAGAGAGUGACUGCAAUUUAGGGGUUAAUUAACUUUAAGUUAUACAUUUAAGGUAAGAAUACCUUUCUUUCAUUUUUCUAGGACAAAAGAGUUGUAUAGUGGGGGGCGGUGUAUAAAGUAAAAGUGCAUUGGAAUUGUAUUGGUUCAUGGAUGGUUUCUGUCAUGGCUCAUGAAUUGAUCCUUUACUCUGUACUUACUCUGUAACAUAAUCCUUAUAGAUUUCAAGGUUGAGUCCUGAACAGUAAAUGGGAGAAUGGCAGGUCUGUGCAUUGUGCAGUGACUGAAUAAAAAAAUCUUUCUUGUUGA